AUGACGUUGGUGCAGCAGCCUCCCUCCACUCCCAGCAUUCCUUGUGGCUGGCGCCGGUGGCAGGGUCCUUGCAGUCCCAUCUGGGCUGCAGCCAAUUAUCCAACGUACACCCCUUGGCAAGAGAUUGACUGGGCCCUCCUGGGGGCUGCGUAUGCCCCCCUAGUGGAUCCCUGGAUUGAGCAGCCCUGCUGUGGGCACCCUGUGUGUGUGUGCACGGCUGUGGAGCAGAAGAGCACAGUGAGUUGUGAAGCCACAGAAAAGGGUUACCUCACUGUGCACAUGCCCGACCCACGACCCCUCAGGGUGGACUUCCACUGGGUGCCAGGCUCAGACCCAGGCACCUUUGAUGGCUCCCCAUGGCUGCUGCACCGCUUUUUGGCCCAGCUGAGCGAUGGCAUGUCUUUCCACUUAGAGCACUGCCAGGAAAACCUCAGCCGAGUCUGCGAGGUCCUCGGGGCGCCUGACAGACCCAGCUUGGGCGUGGGCAGCCCCUACCUUGACGGGGACCUGUCCCUGCUUGAUGAUGAUGAGCUCUUUUGCCAGGAUCCUGAGGAGGUUAUUCAAAACCUGAACAGCUUUGCUGAGGACCAUGCUACAGCCCUGCCCCUUGUCCCCACCUCAAGCCAGCCACCAGUGGCCCCGCAGCUGCCUGUGGUGAGGCUGUACUUAGCUAGGUUCUCGGAGGCCCUGGCACUCAACAUGGGUGCUACCCUCAGGCCUGUCCCAGACAGUCUGGCCACCCCUGCUACUUCUAGUUCUGACUGAAUUAAAAAUGCUCUGCCUGAGCAGCAGCUGGCCAAGGAGAGCAGCCCUGGGCCCACUGAGCCCCCUGCCUUGUCCACUUCCGCGUGCAGCACCAAUCCUGGUCUGGUGGGGCCAACAGAGAUGGCCCCCAAACCUGUCCUUGUGUUUUCAGAAUCUGCCAAGCCCCCUGCCCAGCAACCAGAUCCAGCUCACCCAGGGGGGCCAGAACCCCAGAAGACAGGGGAGGUAAGUGGUCCACAAGGGGCGGUGGAGACCCCAGCAGAGCCACCUUUUCCUCCUGCUCUCCACCCUGCAGCCCUGGAUUCUGAACAGGUCCCAGGCAGGUGCAGCAGUGCUCCUCGUGAUGAAGUGGCCUAUGUAGCCAAGGAAUCCCGCAGCCCCUCCCCCACUCUCCCACUCUCCCUCCCAGGACCAAGUGGCAUUGCCAGAUGACUCUAGAUAUAGUGCUGCCAGGUGUGGCGCUGUCCACUUGCCCCAUUGCUGGGCAGGAGGGGUACUUGUUUGGACUCUGCCUUUGUCCUCCCCCUCCCCGACCACAGCAGACCGCUGGCCUCUGCCCUUGCUCCUCAUUCUCUGAUUUCCCCGAUGGCACAGAGGCUGCUUCCUGCUGGGCUCUGCAUCCCCACACCUGCCCUUGGAGUGCCAUCUCACCUGGGUUUGUUCUCACUAGUUGGACAGAGCUCUAUAGAUCAGUCCUCGUCAUAUGUUUGCACUGUCUUUAUAACCCGCCCCCUGCAGUGGCUGCAACUGGACUGGGUUUGCCAUGCCAGCCUUUUUGAAAUUUGGUCCCUGUAUGGUCUUUGCUUUGCCCCCCACCCCUAUCUCUGUUUUCCGUGACCUGUCCUCUGGACUGGAAUUUAAGGAAGGUUGCAUGGAGGAGGUGGCCACUUUCAUUGUUGAGUGUGAGUCAGAUGGUGUCUUGGUAGAGAAAGAUGCUUUUCUGUGGGUUUAGCAGCAGCCCUGGUCAGCUGGGAAGGCUCCAAUACAGGAAGGUAGAAUGCAAGCUACCUUUCAGUCUCAACUCUGUUCCAGGCAUUUUCUUCGGUGUUAACAUUCUAGUCACCUGGUUUUCUUCCAUUUUCCUAUCUCAGUGCCUUUGCCCCUGAUGCCCUUCCACUUUCUGCUCUUCAACAGUCAUUGCCUCUUGCCCACUCUUGCACAUUGCGGAUUCAGUGCUGAACCCAGCACUGCAUGACUUGUGUAUCUGCGUAGACUGUGAGCCUCUAGGGCAGGAGCUCCAUCUUAGCUCGUGUCCUUGACACACAACCAGUGCUCAUUAAAUGUGCGACGGAUCCAUGGCUGGGCCUGUGGCAUGGUGGCUGCCCACAAGCAGAGUCUGUUCCGUUGGCAGGAGCACUGUGCCCACUCUGUCAGGAACAGAGAGGCCAGGCCCCAGCCCCAAGCACCCACACCAGGUCAGUGUUGCAUGUAUGGUUGGGAGCUCUGAGGAUGGAACGGUCUGUUUGAGGAGUUGGGCUGAAUGGGUGGGAGUGGGAGGCCUGACAGGUGAAGUGUGGCCUUGAAAACUGACUUUUCUGGGAGUAGAGGUGAAGUGAGGAGCAGGCAGCAGACCUGAGUUGGGAGGCCCCAGGGGGCCAGAGGAUUGGAAUGAAGAAAGACCUGUUCUGCACAAGCAUGGGUUUUCUAAUAAUGAGCUGAGCUGGGAAGCUCCCUCAAGCUAAACUGAACAUAGGAUUGGUACAGUGCACCAAUCAGAGCAGUGGUUAGGCAAGAAUUUCAAGCCCCUUUCAGUUUUACAAUUGUGUAAACAAAAGAACACCUUCCUGGAAAGAAGAAAUAAGUAGAAAGAAGAAAUAAGUGGAAAUGGGAACUGCAACUAAAACUAGUUAUUUUAGGAAAAAUUGUAAUAAGCAAAACAUCUGAUAAAAAUUUUUAAGCACAUUGUUGGGAUUAUUUUAUUUAAUAACUUACUUCAAAAGGCUCUGGGUUCAGAUGGUUUUAUGUGUGAGUUAUUUUAAGGCACAGAUAACGUGCAGGUAUAACAGUUGCAAAUCUUGGAAAUAGAUGGGAAGCUAAUAUAACCCGAAAAGCAAAGCAAGCAAGCUGCCUCUUGCCCACUCUUGCACAUUGCGGAUUCAGUGCUGAACCCAGCACUGCAUGACUUGUGUAUCUGCGUAGACUGUGAGCCUCUAGGGCAGGAGCUCCAUCUUAGCUCGUGUCCUUGACACACAACCAGUGCUCAUUAAAUGUGCGACGGAUCCAUGGCUGGGCCUGUGGCAUGGUGGCUGCCCACAAGCAGAGUCUGUUCCGUUGGCAGGAGCACUGUGCCCACUCUGUCAGGAACAGAGAGGCCAGGCCCCAGCCCCAAGCUGCCUUUCUGAUCAGAUGUGGGAAAUCCCAGAAUGUUCUAGGCAGCCCCAGUCCCUCUGUGUGGGAUAACACUACUGCCCCUCCCUGCUGUUGCUCAGGCCCAGGCCCUCCUUCUGCAGGCACAGUCUGACUGCUCCCACCCACUCCAGCCAGCCUGUCCCUAACACCUCUGCAAGCCCGCCAGACCAUGCAGCUUUCAGGAGCACCCUCCUUGGGGUGGCCCGCCUGUGUGUGGAGAGCUGGGAGUGGUGAAUGCUCAAAGGGCCCUCCUCCCACCAAGCAUGACAGGCCUCCUCUCCUGAUGCUGUGUUCCUGUUCCCCACAGAGCGGGAAAGCAGCUAGGUCCCUGCAUCUGCCCAAAGGCAGGGACAGCGCCAGAGGAAGCCAUCACUUUGCAGCACUGUACACGGCCUGUGUGGCAGGCCAGGCCAGAGCCCUCCCGUCCUCUCCUGAUGCCACCCAGGAACAGGCACCUUGCCAUCACCAGUGAGGUCCUUCCUCUUCUCCUUUGCUUUCUCCAAAUUAAACAGGUCAUCUGGCCGCUCCCCCAAUCCCCUGGGGCCUGCCUUGGCAGAGCUGGCCUCGGGAGAGGGAUGUGAGAUGGUAACCCAAGCCCUGGACAGGAGCUGCCUGGAGCCCGAGGGAGGAAAAAACCCAGGGGGUCGGAAGGGAAAAUGCCAAUCUUGAGCUGAAGGAAUUCACUCCAGGUCCACUACAUGGAGACAGGAAAGGCAGCCGGUGCAGAGGCCAGCAACAUAGUAGGGUGUCAACUGGGCCAUCCUCCCAGAAAGCAGCGUUAGAUUCUACUGCCAGAGCUGUCUUGCCAGCUUAUAUGAGGGCCCUUCUAGAUCAUCAUGCCUGUCCCUCACGUCCUUGGAAAUACCUGCAGACUUAAUUUCUUAAAGAUAGGACACAGCGGGCACUAUGGAUUUUUUUUUUAAAGUAUCUAUCUACAAGAAAAUUCUGACACCGGAAGUAUUGAGGGAAAGAUCUUAUGAGAUAGUGAACAUUUAUAAAGCUGCAAUAAUGAAGGUGCUUGGAAAUUGGUGUGGACAGAUGAACAGAGGAGAAUAGAGAACUUUGGAAUAAAGCCAAAUGGGAAUUUAGUUCAUACUAGAGGUGUUUCAAAUUAAUGGGAGUAAAAUGUAUUAUUCAGUAAAAGGAGUUGGAACAACUGAAUAGCCAUCUGGAAAAUAGUAAAACUGCAUACUUUCCUCUUCCUACUAGCCUAUACUCCAGAUGAAUUAAAGAUUUCAACAUUUUAAAAA